AUGGCGGCAUCAACUACUUCUAGCACCGCGGGGAGGCGACGUUCCGUUCACCGGAACUCGAUAGGACGUGUGAGCAGCCGCUCCUCCCUCUCCGUCGCUCCGGAGUCAGAGCUGGACCCCCGCGUCGCGACCCUCUCCCAAGUGACAGUUUACACUGAUGUUCCGAACGCCACGCUGCAGAGCAUUAUCAACAUCGCCGUGGAGGCGUACAACAAGUUUGUGUUGGUGCCCACACGCAACACGUGGAGGAAGGAGGAGGGGGCUAGAAAAGAACUGGAGCGCGAAGUCGAGCGCGCGGCGCUGAGGGACAUUGCGCAGAUGAUCAAACAGAAUGUGGAGAGAGAUUUGGGGGGGACGUGGCACGUUAUUUAUGGUCGUUCCUUCUCUACCUAUGUCACUCACCAAGCACGCUCCUUCUGUCAUUUUCAACUGGAUGGCGCCAAUGUCGUUGUAUGGCGUCAUGGUAGUUAG